AUGGCAUCUGGAAGUGGCCGCGGAAGAGGCCGAGGAUCGGGAUCCAACAACAGCGGAGGAAAGACCCAAGACUACUAUGGUACGAUCCAACCGGAUCUUUUCGUCCGUCAGCCUGGAGAACCGAAAGUCGGAUCUUCCGGACGCCCUCAACGUUGCUUCGCCAACUUUAUCCCGAUUGAAAUGGAGAAAGCCGACUACAGCAUCUAUCAAUUUCAUGUCGAGUUCCAUCCUCAAGUGGAUUCGAAGCAUAUGAGAGAGACAAUGCUGCUCCAUGAGAAUGUGACUGAAGAGAUCGGCAGAUUCCACGUCUUCGACGGAAUGAUUCUCUACCUGACGGAAGAAUGGCAGCAGAAUCAAGAAAUCGAAGUCCCACACCCCCUCACUGGAGACCUGAUCAGAGUCAUCUUCAAGCAAACCAAUCGGUUCUUGUUGGACAAUGCGCAAACUAUCAACAUCUUCAACACAAUCAUCCGUCGUUGCUUCGAUGAGCUCAAACUGACUCAACUUGGUCGUCACUAUUUCAACUCCAAGGACGCCAGAAACGUUCGAGAGUACAACAUGAGUAUCCUCCCGGGAUUUGAGACUGCAAUUCGCAUGUACGAAAACCAGCUGAUGCUCUGUGUCGAGAAUCGUUUCAAGAUGGUUCGCAGAGACUCGAUGUACGACCUUCUCAAGAAGGAGAUGCAAGCAUGUCAGGGAAAUCGCCCACGAGUUCAGGAGAAGAUGAAUGAGAUGUUCGGAGGCUCCACCAUCAUCACCUUGUACAACAACAAGCUUCAUCGCUUCACAAGACUCGAUUGGAGUAUCAGCCCAUUGAGUGAAUUCGAGAAGGAUGGCCAACCGAUUACUCUGAAGAGAUACUUCAAGAUGCAAUACGACAAGGACAUUCAAUUUGAUGACCAGCCGAUCAUCAUCUCUGAAGGAAAGCCGAAGCAGCCAGGAGAGCCUCCACAAGUCAACUACAUCGUUCCGGAGAUUUGCUUCCCCACUGGUUUGACUGAUGAGAUGCGCAAGGACUUCCGUAUGAUGAAAGAAAUCGCGCAGCACACUCGAAUGUCGCCACAGCAACGCUUGAACGAAACGAGAAAGUUGAUCACUGAGUUCCACAGCAACGAGAACGUGCAGGCUUGUCUCAACUACUGGGGAAUUCGUCUCUCAGAAGACCUUGCCAACGUCAAUGCUCGAGUUCUUAAGCCGGAGCCGUUGCACGCUGACGGAGCUAAGAAGUAUGAAGGUCGAAACGCCGAGUGGGCUCGUGGAGUCAAGGAGGGCGGUAUCUAUCGUGGUUCAGACAUGAACAAUUGGAUCGUUGUUGGACCGAAUACUGGAAAUUCUGGAAUGCUCAUUCAGAAGUUCAUCGGAGAGGCUGGUCGUCUUGCCCAGACUCUUCGUGUUCAAUUAGGUGAUCCAAUGUGUGUUCCGAUACGAGGAGUUUCUCCAAACGAGUAUUUGGAAGGUGUCAAGAGUGCAGUCAAGGAAGUCGCUGGUGCUGAUGUCCAUAUGCUCGUUGUGAUGCUUGUCGAUGACAACAAGACUCGCUACGAUUCUCUGAAGAAGUAUCUGUGUGUCGAGUGCCCAAUACCCAACCAAUGCAUCAAUCUUCGUACUCUUGCCGGAAAAGCAAGUGAUGGUGGAGAGAACAAGAACUUCGGAUCGAUUGUUCUGAAAAUCUUCCUUCAAAUGAUUUGCAAAACUGGUGGAGCUCUUUGGAAGGUCAACAUUCCGCUGACGGAAACCAUGAUUGUUGGAUACGAUCUCUACCACGACUCCACUUUGAAAGGAAAGACAGUUGGAGCAUGUGUCUCUACGACUACCGGGGACUACACCAAAUUCUACUCCCAAACAAGACCUCAUGAGAAUCCAACACAACUUGGAAACAAUCUGACGCAUUUCGUGAGAAAGGCUCUCAAGAAGUACUACGACGAGAACAACAACACUCUUCCAAGUCGUUUGAUUCUCUACAGAGACGGUGCCGGAGACGGUCAAAUCCCAUACAUCAAGAAUACGGAAGUGAAACUUGUUCGUGAUGCUUGUGACAUGGUCACUGAACGUGCCGCCAAGCUCAGCGGCAAGGUACACAAGUCUGUCAAGCUGGCCUUCAUCAUUGUUACCAAGCGCGUCAAUAUGCGUAUCUUGAAGCAAGGAGCUUCAGCUUCCACUGCAAUCAAUCCCGAUCCAGGAACGGUCGUUGACACUGUCGUCACUCGUCCAGAGAGAAUGGACUUCUACUUGGUUCCACAGUUUGUGAACCAAGGAACUGUCACUCCAGUCUCCUACAACAUCAUCUUCGACGACACGGAACUUGGACCCGAUAAGCAUCAACAACUCGCCUUCAAGUUGUGCCAUUUGUACUACAAUUGGCAAGGAACAGUUCGUGUCCCAGCUCCAUGUCAAUAUGCGCACAAGCUCGCCUUCUUGACUGCUCAGUCGCUUCACGGAGAUUCAGAUGAGAAGCUUCGUGAUAAACUGUUCUUCUUGUAA